CUGUAGUGCCUGUUUUAGAAUAAAAUCUUUAGACUUUAAUCCACCUGUGUGCACAUUGCUUCUAGAUCUAAAAAGAACCUUUUGUCCUUGGCAAAACAAGGUUAUUUCCAGCUUCCUCUUCAUGGAAACUAGGAGGCAGUAAGAGUUUACCAUGAGUAAAACGAAGCAUACUCCAACCUGGUCUGAAUUGCAGGACAAAUGGGUACAAUUCUUGGCAUCAAAACCUGCUUUACAUAUUGUUAUUCAUUCUGUUUCGUUUGUUUCAUUUCAAUACCAGCCCAUAGCCAACACUUUGGUAUGGAAAUUAUGGCAAUGAACGUGCCAGCCGGGCCUUAGGGCCACAGAGUUUAUGGAACAUAAAAGUAUCUGUAUUUGAUUGACAAGUGCAUCCAACUAGCUUACAGGUCAUAGUCACAGUCAGCAUAACAAUGGUUCCUUGGCUACAGUGAAGGCAGAACUACCCAAUCAGCGUGAGCCAUAUAGGUUGUCUAUAAGUGCCGUUGUCUAUAAGUGGUAGUGCCAGAGCAAAGUCUGGCGACAUUUGAGGCAGGGGCUUGAGGAGAAAAGGACCAUGGCUGCCAAAGGGCAAGGCAGAAAGAAGAGCAGGGAUGUGAAGAGGAGGAAGAUCCAGACGAAGCAUCAACAGAUCAGACGGAAGCAGAAGAAGCUGCAGCCUCGGAAGCAGAAGAAGCACCAGUCUCGUCCUAAUAAGCGUCAGGUGAAGCGGAGAGCUGCCAAAAAGGCAGCGCGCAGCAAGCAGGAGAGGAAGAUCUGCUCCCCGCGGCUCUUUGCCUCCAAGAUCCUGCGGCAGAUGCCCAAGGUGCGCAUGGAGGCCAAGGCCAGGGGCCUGGUGAAGAGCUUGUUGACGGACCUGUACCAGCAGGUGGCCACUGAGGUGGAGGCCUUGAGCCAGAAGGAGGAGUCGCCCCCCAUCAGCUGCACCGAUGUGCAGAACGCCCUGAAGGGGGCCAUGGAGAAGGAGCUGGCCAAGCACACGGCGGCCGAGCCCAUCAGCAGCGAGUGUGCGUAGAAAAGCAUCCCUCCCUCCUCCAGCAGGGGCAAGAAGGGAGAGGACCAAGUGUUGCCCUGAGAAAGAUCCUAAUAAUAAUCAGAGAGACUUUAAAAUAUUUUGCUGCUGUAAUAAGCCUGAGAAAUCCUGUAACUUACCACUUUCUUUGAUAUCAGUUUCACUGCCAACAAUCUUCAUGCCUAAACAGUUAUGAAAGAAGGAAGGGAUGUGAUUAUUUACGUUUAGAAAUUGUCCAUUUCUAAACCAGAACCAGUGAAGGAUAACAGCUGUGAUAUAUCGUUGAAAGAACUGUUUGUGAGGCAUUUUCUGAAAGUAAA